AUGCGGAAACUCAAAGUGUGGUGUAUAAUUGCGGCCUCUUUGUUGUGCGAAAGUACUGGUGUGGUGGCAGCAGUCGAGGAUCCGCCAGUAGCGAGUGUCUUUAAGAUCGAGCAGUCGACGCAGGACCAAACGGUGCGAAAACCUGGAAGUGGAAAAAAGACAUUCCUCCGACCGUCAGGAGGCAUCACCGCUGAUGAAGCUGAUAGCUCAGGCACGGAAAGAUCAUCGUUUCUCGCAGUGCUUGAUGAUAUCUGGAUGUCCAUUUGGAAGUGUAUCGGGAAGUAUCUGCCGGGGACGAACGCAUACAAGCAGAACAAAGUUGUUUAUGACGCGAAGCUUUUCGGUGUCAAAGUGGAUCGGGACGCGCAGCAGCAGUUUAGGGCAAUGUUCGAGAAAGGCUUCGAGAAUAAGUGGUCGAAAACGCAGCUUAUGAUUGCAAUUCGUGACGCAAAUCAAGCGUAUGGAAUACCAUAUCUCCAUCAUCUAGGGGGUCAGUACCAAGCAUUCCUUCUGUCGGAAAAAAAGGAAAGUACUAAAUGGUGGCCAACUGCGUGA